CCACCGUUCUCCGUUUUACUCCCCCUCUUGUUACAUCCUUUUCUUCGUCAAAGCCCAAACAGGGACACCCUGCCCGACCCUAUGGAGGACACUUUCGAUCCCUAUCUCGUAGAAGAGUCCUCAUCCGCCGCCGCCGCCUUUCCGGCGAAGGACCCCGACCACGGCUGGCAGAAGGUCACCUACGCCAAGCGCCAGAGGCGCUCGUCGAACGCCGCCGAUCCCAACCGGCACCACCCCAACGGCCUCCCCCACGCCGGCGAUAGUUCCCACGUCUUCGCCUCUGUCGAGCAGAAGGCGCUGGAGCGCCGCCGCGCCCUCGAGUCUGCAACCGCUGUCGCGGUGGUCGCCGAGGCCGGAACCACCGCCCCCAGAUCGAGGCCCGCCGCUGCCACGUCCGACGACGAGGACGAUGAUAGUGGCGCGGAGGCCUCCCGCGGGGGACAGGAGAACGGGGAGGCGGCCAAGAAGGUGAAGCAGAAGAAGCCCAAGAAACCGAAGGUCACGGUCCAGGAGGCGGCCUCCAAGAUCGACGCCGGAGAUCUUGGCGCGUUUCUUGUGGAAGUGUCGGUUUCCUAUGAAUCGCAACAGGAUAUUCAGCUCAUGCGGUUCGCCGAUUACUUUGCGCGCUCAUUUGCCCCGGUCAGCGGAUCGCAAUUCCCAUGGACCAAGAUGUUCAAGGAGUCCCCUGUUUCCAAGAUCGCUGAUAUUCCUCUGUGCCACAUAUCUGAAUCUGUUUAUAAAACGUCAGUUGAUUGGAUUUCCCAGAAAUCAACUGAUGCUCUUGGUGAUUUUGUUUUGUGGUGUCUGGAUGCCAUCCUUUCUGAUCUGGCAAGUCUUCAAGCAGCUGCUAGAGGCUCAAAAAAAUCUGUUCAACAGUCUCCAGCAAAGGCUCAGGUUGCAAUAUUUGUUGUUCUAGCAAUGACGUUAAGACGGAAGCCUGACAUACUGAUAAACCUUUUACCAACACUAAGAGAGAACCCCAAAUAUCAGGGACAAGAGAAACUCCCUGUUAUAGUUUGGGCAAUUGCUCAGGUGUCUCAGGGAGAUUUUGCCAUAGGGAUGUAUUUAUGGGCACAUUUCCUCUUGCCUCUGAUUUGUGGAAAAUUAAGCGGGAAUCCACAAUCUAGGGACUUAGUUCUGCAGUUGGCCGAGAGAAUUUUAUCAGGGCCAAAAGCUCGACCUAUCCUAUUGAAUGGUGCUGUCAGAAAGGGGGAACGUCUAAUACCACCUGCUGCGCUUGAUUUGCUGAUGCGGGCUUCAUUUCCUUCCCCAAAUGCUCGAGUCAAGGCCACAGAGAGGUUUGAGGCGGUGUAUCCUACUCUUAAGGAGCUGGCUCUUGCAGGUUCUCCUGGGACUAAAAGUACAAAACAAGCAUCGCAACAGCUUUUGCCUGCUGCUGUAAAAGCAAUGCAAGAAAACAAUCCAGAACUAACCAGAGAAGCUGCUGAUAUUUUUAUCUGGUGUUUGGCUCAAAAUCCUGACUGUUACAAGCUGUGGGAAAAACUUCACUUGGAGAACAUGAAUGCAAGUGUUGCUAUUCUUCAAAAAUUGUCUAGUGAGUGGAAGGAUUAUUCAACAAAACUAUCUCCUCCUGAUGCUCUGCGGGAGACACUGAAGCACCUAAGGGCAAAGAACGAGGAAGCCCUAUCUGGUGAUGUGGAUUCCACCAACCAAGCAUCCAUUAGAGAUGCAGACAAGUAUUGCAAGCUGAUCUUGCGAAGGUUAGCACGUGGCUUUAGCUGCUUAAAGGGUGGUGUUUGUGUACUCUUGCUUGCAGUUGCAGUUGGUUUUGCUGUGUCUUCAAACAUGGACUCCUGGGAUUGGAAUAAGAUCCAUGCAACAUUUGGUUCCCUUCAAUCUUUCUGAUCAUAAAAUAAUGCCUGAUUAACCUGAUUCAGCCACCAGUCGGAGAAACAGUCCAGGAAAUCGGAUCCAAAAUCAAUAGUGUUUAUUUGCUUUGCCUUUCUUUCCUUGGAGAAGUGUUCCAUGGAAUACCUGUUAGAAUUCACAAGUUGUUGAGAGACUUAACGGAGGUUAGGUAGUUCUUUUUUUAAAGACUAAUUGUUUUAUAGUUCUUUUUGCAGUGAGGGAUGAAGAAUAGUUGUGUUUUGAUUGAUUUUAAUUUCUGCUGCUGGAUUCAUGAAUCCAUUGAUGCAUGUGUAGAUUUGUGCCAUUUGUUACC